CUACGCCUUCAGCGUCGUUAUUUUCUGUCACGCUUGUUGUUUCGGCAGCUUUGGCUUUGGACGGAGCAGCGACGCUAACGUUGCUGCGUUUGCUGGCGAGGGAAGGCGCUGCGAAAAGAGCCGGUUUCUUAAAAGUGUCUUUUGUUUCUGGCUCACUUUCGUGUGAGUCUUUCUUUUGACGGUCUCCCGCGUCCUCCGUGGCUGAGCACUCAUCCGUUUCCAUUGCACAAUUAAUGUCUUCAUCCGUAUUUUUCACACACACGUCUGACGGCGGGGAGGCGGCCAUGUUUAUUUGGUGGGACAGUGAAUGUCGCCCGGGUUUUCUGAGCAGCUAUAAAACUCAAGAACACAAGAGCUAAUAAAGACUAUGGUUCAGAAAAAAAGUCGUUGAAAAAUAGUUUAGAACACGAAAACAAUGCACGUUAAUAUAAUCUAUAAUGUCACGCCAAUCAAAAUGAAUGGUUUGAUGCAGAACUAACAUCUUGUUCAACUGUUCACCCGAGUUUUUUGCAACAAGGACGAGAAAGCUUAUUUCCUGUGCAACUUCCUUCAAAGAUCCAAGCGCCAUUGGUUCCAAUUAUUAACAGACGAUUUAUUCAUCUUUAUGUGAUCUCUCAGACUGAUAGUUUGAAUCCGACUGGUGUCUUUAGUCAUUCAUCAUGAUGCGUUACUGGGGUGAGAUCCCGGGACCUGCGGGGGCUCCUCCCAGUCGCAGCUCCUUUGACCUGCUCCAGCGCGAGUUUCGCUCAGUGGAGAUGCAGGACCCUCCCCUGCACCAGCCCUCUGCCCAGCGUCCGCGGCCCACCACGAUGCUGGACAUCCCCUCAGAGCCCUGCAGCCUCACCAUCCACACAGUGCAGCUGUGUCAGCACGUCCGUCGCCUCCGUGGCCUCUUGGCAGCGGCCCAAGCCCAGGCUCAGGGUCAGAGCUCAGUGUCCUCUGAGGGUGGCAGCAGGCUGGAGGAGGCCGAUACCAAUCUGCCCCUGCAUCCUCCCACCCCACCUGCCAUGCCAGAUGACUUGCUACCUGCGGACAGCAAAGCCCCUCGGCAGCCCUUCCAGCUCCGCCACAGUGACCCUGAAAGUGACUUCUAUAAGGGUAAAGGCGAGCCUGUCACAGAGCUGAGUUGGCCCUCCUGCAGGCAGCUCCUCUAUCAGUCAGUGGCCACCGUCUUGGCCCAUGCUGGCUUUGAGUCAGCCCAGGAGAGCGUGCUGGAGACCCUGACCGACGUGGUCCAUGAGCAUUACCUGCGCCUCACCCGCCUGCUGCGGGUGGCGGUGGACCGGGAGGCUCGGCUCGGAGCCAGUCCCUUCCCAGACGUGGUGGAGCAAGUGUUUCAUGAGGUGGGCAUCGGCAGCGUGCUGGCCCUGCAGCGCUUCUGGCAAGUGCGGAUCAAGGACUACCACAGCUACAUGCUGCAGGUGAGUAAGGAUCUGUCUGUGGAAUAUGAGCGACUGGUGAACCCAGAGAAGGCCCUGGAGGACUCCAAGCCCCUGAGGAUUAAGGAGGAGCCCAUGAGUGACAUCUCCUUCCCUGUUAGUGAGGAGCCUGAGGCCGACCUGGCCUCUGGGGACCAAGCUCUGCCCAUGGGGGUCCUCGGGGCCCACGGCGAGAGGCUAGCUUCAGGCCUGGACGGUGACCAUUCUCCUCACACUUCAGGUGGGGCCAACAACUCCCCAUUGUGGCCACAGGUAAAAAUUGAACCGCAGGAUGGCGAGGACGCCCAGGGGGCCGGCCAUCAUCAUCACCACCACCACCACGGUGUCCUGGGCGGGGAUGUGUUCGAGGAUGGGGGGCCCAUGUCCACCAUGAGCGAGUCAGGAGGAGACAUGGCGCCUUCUCCCGGAGGCGCGGCGUCGGAUGGCAGCUUCACUUCGCAUUCGCCCGACUCCCUGAUGGGCACCUCGCCCGUCUUCAACCAAAGACCUAAGAAACGGGCGAAGAAGAUGUGAGGACGCAUUUGCGGAUGCAAGACACUCUGAGAAGUGGAAUCUGAACUCACCCGCAAGUCUUCCACGUUUAGUUAUGUUGCAAUGAAAAAACACCAGUCUGACAGAAAGAUGUAGUGGUGAAACACACAAGCUGCUCAGCGUAGGACUCAUCAGUGGCCGCUGAGACUGUGGCCACUGCAUAGACUUUAAUGUUAUGAACAAACUGAUUUGGGGGGGAAGUAAUAUUUUGUACUUUUUCAUGUUUGUUAUGAUUAUAAUUUCUCUCAAAAUAACUGAAUAUAUUGAUAGGGUUUAUUGUCAAAAGAAUAAACAUCUUUUAAAGCA